UUGGCUGCAGACACUCUCCAUUCAGCAGCUUCUCCAAACGACGCAUGAGCGUGUCCGCGUGAAGCCGCGCGUGCACAGCGGCACCAGAUUCGGUUCGACUGAGGUUCCGCUGCAGGUUCUGGGUUUUCUGUUCGGCUCCGGUUCCGCUUCUGGGAGGCACUAAUAAUCACUGGUCACGCUUUGAUUUCCGGAGAGAGCUGCCUUCAUCAGGGUGCACGGUGAGCACGCGCACAGACCCGCCCAGCAGAGAUGGCGAAGGCAGACCAACGAUACGGCCAGCGAGACGGGUCGGACCAGAACUUUGACUACAUGUUCAAGCUGCUGAUCAUUGGGAACAGCAGCGUGGGGAAGACCUCCUUCUUAUUCCGCUAUGCAGACGACUCCUUCAGCAACUCCUUCGUCAGCACCGUCGGCAUCGACUUCAAGGUGAAGACCGUGUAUCGCAACGACAAGAGGAUCAAGAUGCAGAUCUGGGACACAGCAGGUCAGGAGCGCUAUCGUACCAUAACCACUGCUUACUAUCGCGGCGCCAUGGGCUUUAUUCUCAUGUAUGACAUCACCAACGAGGAGUCCUUCAACGCCGUCCAGGACUGCAGGGCCACCCAGAUCAAGACGUACUCCUGGGACAACGCCCAGGUGAUCAUGGUGGGGAACAAGUGUGACAUGGACCAGGAGAGGGUGGUACCCCACGAGAAAGGAAAACAUCUGGCUGAUCAACUAGGAUUUGAAUACUAUGAGGCAAGUGCCAAGGAGAACAUCAACGUUCGGCAGGUCUUUGAACGCCUGGUGGACAUCAUCUGUGUAAAGAUGUCUGAACGUGUAGACGUUGAGGCGCCGGCACCUCCUGGCUCAAAGACCACCAGACUGACGGACAAGCCGGCCCAGCUAUCACAGAAGUGCUGCUGAUCCUGUAUCACCCCCUGUUGCUAGUUAAGCCCGGUUCACACACACACACACACACACACACACACACACACACACACACACACACACACACACACACACACACACACACACACACACACACACACACACACACACACACACACACACGUGCGCACACACACACACACACACACACACGUGCGCACACACACAGUAGUUAUGUGCAUUCGCCACCUUGUCAGAAGGGGAGGAGCUUGUCAGGAAACGGUGGUGUGAGCUGGGCUUUAAACUAGUCCAGGUCAGUCCAACUUGGGUUGAUUAGUUGAAACCAUUCCACAUGAGACCAACCCAGUGCUCAUAAACCUGUUCUGGUUAGCUUAACACAGCUAACCAGCUAACCACUCUUCAGACCAGUUCUACUUCUACACACAUUCAUGCAGAUCAGCUGCAUGAUGACCAACACACACUGAGGCUGCAACAUUGUUGUGUGAGUGAAGAGGCUCCGCCCCUUUAUCAGGUGGAGUCACAUAGCAGCCAUGUUUGAUGUGUGUUCUACAUUAUCUUGUGUGUGUGUGUUCCUGUAUGUGUGUAUGUGUGUGUGUGUGUGUGUGUGUGUGUGUGUGUGUGAUCAUAUGUCCUGCGUGUCGGGUUUUGGGUACAGACGUGUGAGAUUCUGAGGUGUGUGUGUGUGUGUGUGUGUGUGUGUGUGUGUGUGUGCGAUCAUGUGUCCUGCGUGUCGGGUUUUGGGUACAGACGUGUGAGAUUCUGAGGUGUGUGUGUGUGUGUGUGUGUGUGUGUGCGAUCAUGUGUCCUGCGUGUCGGGUUUUGGGUACAGACGUGUGAGAUUCUGAGGUGUGUGUUUAUGAAAUAGUAGAAACUAUAUCCUGCCAAACUGUUGUGAAGUGACCACCUCACACACACCUGUGUGUGACCCUUUCCUGGGUGUUGAGAUCAACAAUGUUGUCUUCAUAUAACUCUAUUUUUCAGUGACUGUGAACGCUAGCUAGAGAUGCUGUUGGUGAGCGUGUCCUGGUUCUGAUGCCGGGUUCUAUAGAGGUUCUGUAAACUUGUUGUCUUAGACGAUGAAGCACAACGUGAUUGUACAAAUAUUGUGAAUGUUGGUGAAUUACAGAUGCAGCAGCACAAUAAAGUCACAUUGUUGAACCUGA